AGAAGUUGGAAUUGCAUGACAGCAGAGAAAACAGUUGCCAGGAAUCAGCCGGUUAUUCAGUCCCUCCAAGGCUUCUCAGGAAGGAAGAUGGAUCUCUCCAUGGUGAUGCUGACAUUUGUGAUCUGCUUCCUCCUUUCCCUGGUGGUGCUCAUUUAUCGUGAUGUCCGAAGAACAGAUCUCCCUCCAGGAAUUGAUGGACCUAUCAAACUCCUCCUAAUCUCCAUUAUGGCACGCUCAUCCUUGCGUAUGGGAUCUAUUUUGGAGAAGUUGGGAAUCUGUACAAAACCGACAUUCCUUAAAUGGAGUUCCUCUGCAAUGCCAGCAGGGAGCGAGCCCAGACUCUACACUAUCGACACAAAAUUUGACAAUGUGACUGUGAGGAUUUAUCAGCCAAAGGGCCUAUCCACAGGACAGAGAGGAAUUAUCUACCUUUAUGGAGGAGCUGGCUUAUUCGGGAGCAUAAAAGGUUAUCGGAAGCUGUGCCGCUACCUUUCCAGAGAAAGUGAAUCAGUGCUUGUGUGUGUUGGGCAACGUUUGGCUCCUAAGCACCGCUGUCCUACACAAAUCAUGGACUGCAUCACCACCACUGAAUACUUUUUGAAAAAUGCAAGUGAUUAUGGGGUAGACCCUAAUCGUAUUGUCAUUGCUGGUGACAGUACUGGGGCUGGAAUUGUUCCUCUUGUCUGUCAACAUCUGUUAACGAGAAAGGAUCUCCCAAAGGUCAGAGCCCAGAUCCUGCUCUACCCAAAUAUUCAAACACUGGACUACAACUUGCCAUCUUAUCAGCAAAACCGAAAUGUCCCCCUCCUGUUCACAAAAUGGUCUGCCGAAUUUGAACUCAGGUUUAUGAAUGUGAAGCUAGCAUAUUUGGAUCAAUUCCUGAAGGGGGCCCAUGUUUCCGAAGAAAUGAAGAUGAAAUACAAGAAAUGGAUCCAUGCAGAUCAUAUCCCGGAUGAGUUUAAAGUCAGGGGCUACAAACCACCCCCGCCAGUCCCGUUUUCAAAGGAGCUGCACGAAAUGAUGAAGCUUUCUUUUGAUCCCAAGCACUGUGCUCUUCUAGUGGAAGAUGACAUUGUACGUCAGCUCCCUGAGACGUUUAUGUUAACCUGCGAGUAUGAUGUGCUUAGGGAUGAUGGACUGCUAUACAAAAAACGCUUGGAGGACAACGGUGUGCCCGUAACUUGGCACCAUGCAAAGGAAGGAUUCCAUGGGAUUCUAAGUUCAGUUGAUUGGUUCUUUGAAUGGCCAUGUGGAAGGGUGGCAGCAGAGCAUGUAACAAGCUUCAUAAAACGAUUCUGAUCAAAAAUCUGUUCUCUUUCCCGCAUAAAGACCUUUCAUUUUA